UUUGUUUCCACUGUCGUUUGUGAGCCGCGUGACGUUGGAGUUCAGACGUAUGGGCGGUUUGGUGAGCUUUCAACUUCAAUCAACUUUUGCAAUAGAAGAAUAUAGGGCGGAGGCCUUGUGCUGACUGGUUGGAGAGGCGAAGACUUCUUGGGUGGGGGCGGCGCCGCGCCGGACUGUCGCCGAUACAACUCAGCGGCGUGUCCAUUGAUCUGCUCACUAGCUUCCUGCUGCUUUGUUUGCCGCUGUUGUCUCCCAACCGUUUCGUCGAUCGCGCACACGACGCCCUCGAUCAUGUCGUGGAUGCAGAGCGCGCCCCACGGCCGCCGGAGCCGAGCCAAGGCAUCGGCGGGGCAAGGGCGCUGUUGGUCUGCUGGUGGGAGCCCUGAGGAGAUGACCGGGGCGGUGUUGGCGGAGAAGGGCAGGGCGGCAGCGUGGCUGGACAGGAUGCGGCGGCUGCAGCUGCCGGCGAGGACGCUGCAGAGCCACCUGCACAACAGCCACCACCUCAACUCGCGCAAUGUUUGGAAGCGCUGCCACUGGAUGGCGCUCGUGCUCUGCUGGGUGUUGGGCUGGUCGGUCUUCUCCUUCUGGAUCGUCUCCUCCAUGAGGUCCCAGAUUGUCGAGAUGCGCCGCGAGGUGCUCGCCAACAUGUGCGAGGAGCGCGCGCGGUUGCUCCAGGAUCAGGUCAAGACCAGCAUGAACAAACUCCAGGCGCUGACCAUCGUUGUCUCCACCUUCCACGACUCCAAGAUCCCGUCCGCCAUAGACCAGGUGAGCUUCGCGAGGUACGCGGAGCGCACGGCGUUCGAGCGGCGGCCGCUGACGAGCGGGCUGGCGUACGCCCCGCGGGUGAUGCACGCCGAGCGGGAGCUGUUCGAGCAGCAGCAGGCGUGGAGCAUUAAGAUGGUGCGAUCCUCCACCAAGACGAUGAACUCCUCCUACGAACGGUCUCCAGAGGAGGAGGAGUACGCCCCCAUCAUCUUCACGCAGGACGCCUACAAGCACGUCGUCUCCGUCGACAUGCUCUCGGGGAACGAGGACCGCGAAAAUGUGCUGCGAGCUAGAGAAUCAGGCAAGGUUGCUCUAUCUGCUCCUUUCAAGAUGCACAAUAAUCACACCGGGGUGAUCUUGACGUAUGCAGUGUACAGUUCUAAGCUUCGCUCAAAUGCGACGGCGCAGGAUCGCGUACAGUCUGCUAUAGGCUACUUGGGCGGUAUAUUUGACAUUGAAACACAUGUUGAUAGCUUGCUUCACCAGCUUGCAGGCAAACAGUCCAUCAUGCUGAACUUAUACGAUACUUCCGAUGAUAGCCCUAUUAGUAUGUACGGUACGAAUGAAACAGCAGACACUAGUGGCUUGUGCCAUACCUGCUCCCUGGACUUCGGUGAUCCAUCAAGGCAGUAUCAGAUGCAUUGCAGGUUCCUGCAAAGGCCUCCUUGGCCAUGGCUGGCAAUAGUAUCAUCGUGUGGAAGUCUUGUGGUUUCUUUACUUAUUGGAUACAUAGUCAAAGGGGCAGAUGUUAUCCAGGCAAAACAUGGACUCAUGAGUGUGGAGCAGCAGGACAAGCUGAACGACACAGAGAGGUCCACCAAGUUCAUCACAAACGUUAAGGAAUUACUAUCUAGUGCUAGCAACAUUCAGAGUUUAUCUUCUCGACUUAGCAACUUGAACAUAAAGUUAGGGAGCAUUAGCCUUCUCGGAUUGGUGCUCUGCAUUCUUCUCAUUGCUGCUUUUGACCGGCCAUUUAAUCAGGGUUCGGGCAAGAGAAGGGGGGAUGGCAACAUAAUGCUUAAAAAAUUUGGUUGGUCGCGUCGUAGGUUGUUGGUUUCUACGCUCCAUGGUAACACUGAUGGUAAGGCUAGCAAAUAUCAGGAAGAGACUACUCAGAUACAAAACGGAACAGUCAGGCCCCAUCUUCAAGCACACAAGUCAAACAUAUUAACUACAGUAGGACCCUGGAUUGCCAUAGUUUCAGUUAUCAUGGUUGUACUUGGUAUUGCUAUAUGGCUCCUGCUGUGGUGCAACCGUCGCAAGAGAGUGCAACAAAACGAUCUGGAACUCUUGGGAGGAAUAACUGGGCCUAGGAGAUUCCAACUCCACGAGCUGGCGGCUGCAACGAGCAAUUUUGCAGAUGAGAAGAAGCUCGGGCGAGGAGGGUUUGGCCAUGUCUACAAAGGCUACUUGAGGGACCAGGACCUUCAUGUGGCCAUCAAGGUGUUGUCUAAAAAGCAAUCUUCUCAAGAACAAUCUGAGCAAGGGUUGAGGGAGUUCAAGGCAGAGGUGAAGGUCAUGGCCCAGCUGAGGCACAGAAACAUUGUCAAGCUUGUGGGCUGGUGCGACAGCAAGAAACGGCUCCUGCUUGUUUAUGAACUUAUGGCUCAAGGCAGCCUUGACAAGCAUCUCUACGAUCCAGAGAAACUUUUAACUUGGCAACAAAGGUUCAAGAUUGUACUUGAUCUGGGCUCUGGUUUGCUCUACCUCCACCGUGACUGCGAGAACUGCAUUGUGCACGGAGACAUCAAGCCUGCAAAUGUAAUGCUUGAUGCGUCACACAACGCGAAGCUCGGUGACUUCGGGCUAGCAAGGCUCGUCGAGCACGGGGGAGAGCCGCAAACAACACAGGUAGUCGCAGGGACACCCGGAUACAUCGACCCGGAGUUCGUCAACAACCGCUGGCCUCGCACCGAACUGGACGUCUACAGCUUCGGCGUCGUCCUCCUGGAGAUCGCCUGUGGCAAGCCGCCGGCGUCGAGGCAGCCGAACGGAGCUUCAUCGCUGCUAGCCUGGGUCCAUGGCUUGUACGACCAUGGCCUGGCUCUUGAUGCAGCAGAUCGGAGGCUGAACGGCGAGUUCGAUCGGCAGCAAAUGGAGCGCGUGAUCGUCGCUGGCCUCUGGUGUGCGCAUCAAGACUCGACCCAGCGGCCGUCCAUCGUGCAAGCGAUGGAUGUUCUGCGAUCUGCGGAUGCGGAGAUGCCGGUAAUUCCGGCAGCGCGUGAGGCCCGGCACAUUCGCUCCAUGGAGGAACAGGCUUAUAGUGACCUGCCGGUUGAGGAUCGUUCUGUGCGUGGAGUCACCCCAAGUGCGUAUUUUACUUCCAAGGAUUCAGUUUAUCUACUUGCAGAAGAAUGACGAACACUUUCUUGCGAAUAGCAGGAUUAUGUUCACAUGCUUCCAUUUGGAUUGUUUUUGUCAAAGAGCCUGUUGACGUGCCAUUUUUUUUCAGACUCUGCUGUAUGUUUUUUAAAAAGCUGCACUAUGUAUUGUGUGUGUAUUCAGCACUCUCCAAUGUCAAUCGCUGGAAAAACGCGCGUGCUUGCCA